CAGACUCUGAUCUUUGCAAAGAUCGACAAUGUGGAGGGAAUGACUCAUUUUGAUAAUCUCCUUGAAAAAGCUGAUGGAAUCAUCCUCUCUCGUGGGAAUCUUGGGAUCGAUCUCCCACCAGAGAAGGUGUUUUUGUUCCAGAAGGAAGCUGUUCACAAGUGCAACAUGGCAGGGAAGCCGGCAGUGGUGACUCGUGUCGUGGACAGUAUGGCUGACAACUUGAGGCCUACUCGUGCAGAGGCAACUGAUGUCGCCAAUGCUGUUUUAGAUGGCAGUGAUGCAAUCCUGCUAGGAGCAGAAACAGUGAGGGGGUUUUACCCUGUAGAGACUAUAUCCGUUGUUCGUAAGAUUUGUGCUGAGGCAGAAAAGGUUUACAAUCAGAAUCUCUACUUCAAGAAGACAGUGAAGUUUGUUGGGGAACCAAUGAGUCACCUUGAAUCAAUUGCCUCAUCUGCUGUAUGUUGCUCUCAUUUCUUUUCCAUUUCUAUCUAUAUACAUUUCUCUAUUUUGUCUCCUAUAUAUAUGGAAUGA